CAGUUUCCGGUUCAAGCAAUCUUUUGGAAAUUGUUAGAACUGGCAUGGAAACAUCUGCAAUAUUGGACCUGUCAACACCGCCUGAUGGAAGUCAAGUUUUCUUCACGGUCAAUGCAACGGAUUAUGCCAGUUUGUCUACCAGCUCGGACUCAUUAGAAUUGAUCAUAGAUACAUCACCACCUUUAUGUGGUAGUGUGACGAUUUUAAACAACCAUCAGAGAAACAUAUUCAUCAACCAAGAACAAGCAACUGUGCAUUUCGAAGGAUUUUCAGAUCCGCACAGCGGCCUUGACUAUUUCAAUGUUGGCGUUGGUACAAUCGAAGGGGUAACAGAUAUCAUAUCAGAUACGAAAGUCUCCAUCGACUUCCUUGAAUUGAAUUUAGCGCAGAUGAUCGACGGUCAUCAUUAUUUCAUAAUUGUGCAAGCGAUCAAUCGAGCAGGGCUUGUUUCACAAUCUGUAUCAAAAAGAUUUGUAUUGGAUCGAACCCCUCCCACCGGAGGACACGUUUUCGAUGGGAUAAACGGAGCUGGGGGGAUUGAUUACCAAAAUGAUAUAUACGUUAUCAACGCAUACUGGAAAGAGUUUUACGACCCAGAGAGUGGCUUAGCAUUCUUUAAAGUUGGCCUUGGAACCGAUCCAUAUGAGACCGACGUAAGACCGCUAAAAGAUGUUGGAAUGAUGACAGAGGUUUCAUGGAAUGGCCCGUUUGUUCUUGGACAAAAAUACUUUGUGACCGUGGAAGCGUGUAACAAUGCAAACCUUUGCAUCAGACGUGUAUCAGACGGCCUUAUUGUCGACAACUCACCCCCAGUACGCGGUCUUGUACACGUUGGACCAGGAGAAGGUCAUGAUAAAUAUUUAGGACAUCGAUCAUCUAUUAGAAUAAGUUGGCAAGGUUUCGAAGAUCCGCAAUCAGAUAUAGAUCAUUUUGAAGUAUGUGUGUCAACCUCUAAGGGCGAUUGUGAUGUUGUUGUGCUAUCAAAUCGACUGCUCCACUCUUCAAUUAUAAUAUCUAAUAUAACGCUCCCGAUAAAUAUUUCACUUAUGGCAACAGUUUGGGCGUUCAAUGGAGUCGGCAUGAAUGUAUCAAAGGCGUCUGAUAUUUUCGUCAUUGACGACACACCGCCAGUUGUUGUGAAAGCUCCAAAAUUCCUACUAAAAUACAACUCGGAAAAUGGUAAAACUUCACAAUGGGAAAAAUCCAUCUUACGUGUUGAAUGGAAAUUCAAGGACGACAUCAGUCCUAUUGUCCGACAUGAGAUUUCUUUGAAAACGCAUCACGAAGGUCACACGCCUGUUGAGAGGCUUGUCUUAGGAUCGGAAUGCCACGUUACUGUCAGUUUAGAUGGGAGGAAUUGGCUUAAUAACGGUGACACAUACUUUGCAAUUGUAACAUCGUGUAACGCUGCCGGACUUUGUGCUUCUGAGCGAACAAGCGACCUUUUAAUUGAUUCUACUCCACCACACCUCGGUGGAUUUAAACCACCUUUGGCGUGGACGAACUACAAUAAUACAAUUGGAAGUAAGGUGACAAAUUUAUCCCUGACAUGGUAUGGAUUCCACGACCAGGAGUCCGGAAUCGAAAACUACUACGUGACGGUCUCAAGAUCCUACAGUUUCAAUGAACUUUCAAAUGGCGUAAUUCGAAUUAGAGAAACUAAUCAAAGCGAAAUUGUUCAAACUUCAUUCGUACUGACUGAAAGUAUUUCUCCUGACGAAUCUAUUAUUCUUUCGAUAUGGGCGAAAAACAAUGUCGGACUUAACAGUUCGAUUGCAAGGGUCACUGUGAAUGUUUUAUCUGAAACGUCUAGGAAUGAAAUCGGAAUUUUGGAAAUUGAAAAACAUUCAUGCGACAUACAUUUUUGCAACAAGGAUUGUACGUGCGCAGUUAUUGAUCGUCCGUGUGUAGAAGUAAGCUCCAACGAAACAUGUACUACUCUCUCUAGCACAGAUGCGCACACUCAAAAUGUACCACAAUUUGAUGUAUAUUGGGGACAACCGCAUGAAAUGCUUAAUUUUUCGGCUUCAUCAGCAUGCUUGAGUGGGCACUGGUCACGAACAAUUGGAGUAAGUACUUCCGAAAAUAUUCAUCGUUUUGAAUGGAGCCUCGGCGUACAUGGACACGCUGUUGGCGAAGGGGUGUACGAUCUGAAACUAGAAAACCCAUGGAGUGAUGUUGGACAAAGAUUACAAUUUGUUCAUUGCCUACCAGUAAAUCGUUCAUUUGUACACGGGGAACGCUACGUCAUAUAUGUGAAGGUUUGGUAUAGCAAAAGUACAUACACCGUGUUCAAGUCGUCUCCAAUAAUUAUAGAUCAAAGACCACCCAAGGUCAGACGUGGUCGUUAUAUCAGAGAAGGUAAUUGUUUUCAAGAUUUGGACUUUAUUGACUGGACGGAUAAUAUUAUUGCCUGUUGGGACGAUGUGUUUACUGAAGAGCACAGCUUAAUCGAUCAUUUCAGCGUCAGCCUUGGGACAUCACCUCACAAUGAUGACAUACUUCAACAAAUUGAUGUCGGACUGGAAACAAACAUAAGUCUUCAUAACAUUUCUCUCAAUCCAGGCACGCGCUAUUACUUUACAGUCAUUGCUGUUAAUAGUGUUGGACUACACACUGGCUUAGCGUCGGAUGGAUUCAUUAUUGAUACAGAUAUUCCCAUCGCCGGGGUUGUGUUUAAUACAAUUGGACAUAAAAACGCAGAUUUCCAGAAAUCGACUGCAACCUUUGAACUGUCCUGGCAUGGAUUCCAGGAUCAUUUUUCUGGAAUAGAGCACUAUCUGAUUGCCCUUGCCAAAGACGGAGAAUACAAUGAAUCAAAUCUGACCUUUACAAAUGUUGGUUUAUCAAACAAAUAUGCCUUUGCCAACCUGAAUCUUGUGAAUGGCGAGUCUUAUUUUGGAAUUGUGAAAGCUGUGGACGCAGCAGGUCAUGAAAGUGAAUCUGUCAGAUGCCCUAAACAAACAAUCGAUACGACACCACCGAAAGGUUUCUCAUGUGGAUCAACUAAAACUAUUGAAAUCGAUGUUUAUCGCAAAUUUACUGAUGAAAGUCUGUAUCUCUGGUUCAACGCAAACAUCUCGAAAUAUAACAUGUAUGUUAUUCAUGGAAAGAUAAAAAACGCUACGUAUGUGCUUAACCCUAUUCUCCAGAUGGAUAAAUACAGUUUGCCUUUGCCAGUACAGAAACAUCACGAUGGAUGGUUCGAAUAUAAUUACAUGUUUAUAUCGCCGUUAGAAGGGUUGCAAACCAUAACAAUUGACUUUGGAAACACACUUGCCGAACACUUAAUUCAGAAUGUUGAGUUUGAAGUGUGUAUCCGUGUAGAAAAUAAUUCCGCUGCUAUUUCUGUAAACCAAAUAGGCCAAUAUUCGCUGACUGUAUCCUUGGGAAUACUGGAUUCGGAAAGCGAGUUACAGACGGUGUCCGUUGGAGCCGGUACAACUGAAGGGGGUUUUCAGAUCAAACCUCUGUUUGAACUACAUAAUCGCAAUAGCUUUGGAGUAAUUUUUGCACCAUUUGUUCAUGGGGCACCAAUUUUCAUUACUGCAAUCGCCAAGAACCACGCUGGUCUCACGUCUGUUUUCUUUUCGGGAAAAGCACUUACAAUAGAUCACACUCCUCCUACCGUCAGCGACAUUUGUGUUGCCGUUUCCGUUAUAACAGAUAAUUCUACAAAAUUGCUAACAACAUGGACAGCGCGAGAUGAUGAAUCCGAUGUUCAAUACUGCAGUUGUUUAAUUGGAUCAAACCCACUGUCAGCUGAUAUACAGGAGGAAAAGGAUUCGGAUACACUGCAGUUUUGUCAGUCAGACAUUCUUAACCUUUCUCAUGGCGACAGAGUCUUUGUUACGGUCAAAUGUGUGAACAAGGUCGAAAUCGCCACGACGUUAGUAUCUAGACAAGUGAUCAUCUACCUUGAACCGCCCAAUAACGCACAAGCAUUCGUUCGGUUUUUGCCCAGUGGUCAGGAAUCGUUUUCUAUGACUGGUCAACUGUCCGCCCAGUCUUCUGCGCAGUCUAAUUCAAGCAUAUUGCAGAUGGAAUGGAACAACUUCGAAGAUCCUUCAGAGAUUACAUCCUACAGUUAUCGUAUCCAAAGCAAUGGUGAGAUCGUUGUAGACUGGACUGAUGCAGGCCUAAAGGACAUGUUAUCCAAUGAGCAUCUAAAGUUGAAAUCCGGCCAGACAUACACGACCGAAGUUCAUGCAGUAAAUGGUGGAGGAUUCACCAGUUCCGGUGUCACGUCCUCGCUGAUUGUAGCUUCAGAACCACCAGCGCUUACAGGAUCCCAUUUAUCUGCUGUUUUCGCAAACGGCAAAUUAACUCUCAAUUGGGAAAGUGUCUUCAAUAGAAUCCCGGGAGUACCAGCUCACUACAGUCUGCUUAUUGGUUCCCGUGACGGAUUUUCUGAUAUCGCCGACGUAAACUACACACGUAACCACGUAUAUGACGUCAAAGUUCCAUCAUCGACGCUCGUUUCUCCCAACCUUAACGAGCUGUACAUAAAACUGAAGUGUACUUACAGCACGGGGUUGUUUAUUACAUACAGUUCGUCGUACAAACUGUGAAGUUCAUAUGUUUGGUAGAAAUCAGCGAUUAUUCAACAUCCUUUCUCUGACCUGAUGUAUUUUUUGUUUUCAUUACGAUACAUGCAUGUAGUGUCUCGCAAAAAUCGUAAGAUUGAAUAUUUAACCUUGGACUUUUAAUUAAUCAUGUUAUGUAAAACAGUAUUCGUCCGCGAAAGCCCUUAAAUAUAAACGUUUGUUUUGUAAUUUCAAUAUUUGUGUACAUGUAUAUACUCCCUUUUAUUAUGCAUCAUUUCGUAAUAAGUAAUCAGAUUAAAAUAUGUAUCAUACAGUGAUUGUAUUAUUUUAUUAUAUGCAUAUGAUGUCUUUGUAGAACAGUGUUUUGUUAAAAGCAUACAUAUUAUAUUUUAUAUUUUUAUUUUAUAUAUUUUAUAUUCAUUCGAAUGAGUUGUGUUUUAUUGUUUUCUAUGCUGUACUUGCUUCUCUUUAUUUCUUAUAACUUGUUGAUUGAGAGUGCCUUGAAUUACAAUAAUCCCUUUAUAAGUGAUUAUAUGUGGUUUACUAAAUUUGAGAAACGUUUUAAUUUCAUUGUAACCAUGUGAUACUCGACGAAACAAUAGCAUUCACAAUAAUAUAUAUAAUUGAAUCUAUACUUAAGGUAUAUGUUUAGUGUUUAAAAUUGUUGAUAUGUGCGUGUGUGUGAUGUGCUUUGAAAUAAAUAAACAGAAACAAAUGGUU